CAUCAAUGUUUUCCGAGCGGCACAAUACGUUAUUUUCAAAUACAUGAUCCAUCGGCCAUCAAACCGCAGCAAUCAUCUCUUCACCACAAUUUCGUCGCGAUCCUCCUGUCUCCGUUUGAUUAAUGGCUCAAAUCGCCAGACGCGGUGACGACAGCAUUUUAACCUGGCUCGAACAGGUCAUUCCAGUUUGCGAACAGCCUCUUUUGAACCCGCCUUCCAUCCAGAUCGCGCCACCUAAGAAGCGCAAACGGUCUUCCGCCGUCACUAACCGUCACGCCCUUGCCUCUCCCCCGCCUUCGAUAAGCGCCGUCUCCCGCAUAAGUACCCGGACCCCGACGAGGAGGAAGCGCCGGGCAGCAGCGGAAGAUGGGGACGACGACGCACCGGUCGACCUGGAAACUACACCACGACAACGAGGAGAUUACCCAGCUUGCUCAAUACUCGCCCCUCCUCGGCUCUUUUCUACACCCCAGGCAGCAUGGGAAUCGAGUAGUGUCCAGUCGGCCACGAGCUCUGGCGUCUCUACAAGGUCGGGCCAGCACUCUCCAAGUAAGGAAUUGGCGAGGCUUGCCCUGGGCCCCGGUGCCCUUGUCACGCAACCCCUGGCCCUGACGGAAGCAUUGCCACCGAUGCUGUUUGAUAUGCUUAAAGUUAUGGAAAGCAUUCAAGAGGGUAGCGUCGGCAUCUUCCCAGAGCGGAUAAAGGAUGCCCUUAAAAAAGAGGCAGAAACCAGACGCACCUUCGAGAUUUAUCAACACAUGUUUGUUCCGAACGAGUCGCGUGAUUUACUAGGCCCGACUCCGUCAGUCUCUGAGGUGAUGGACAUUGUGGAGGACGCACGUCGCUGCAAUUCGAGGGUCGAAUACGAAGAUGGUUGGAUAUCCGGCGUCCAUUUCCCGCUCCUGCGUCUUGCUCUCAACGGGAAAAGAGGGCCCGCCAGUGAUCUGCUGGACGUGCUCAUCACAACUCACGCCAAAGCUACUCGCAGGUAUAGUCCUCUCGCCAGCCAGAAAUCGAGGAUGGUAGAUUUGUGUCUCGUCGCAUGUCCAUCCAACUUAGUGGACCCAACCGCUGUCGCUGCGAAAAAAGCCAUCGAUGUCUUGCGCACAAGGCUUCCCGGCUCAUCCAUCAACCAUAGCGACGCCCCCCCGCUACUGGACGUCCCAAUCGUGAUCAGCAUCGAAGUCAAAAGGAGCGGCGGCGACGAACAGCGACAAACACUUCAAGUUGGCACUUGGCAGGCCGCACAGUGGAACAUGUGGUCGCAGCUCUUGGAGGGUCGGCUUUUACAAAAAUACUCGAUUGACACAACGCCCUCUGAGGAUGGCGGCGGCGGUGGCGAGGGGGCAAAUGAUGGUUCAGUGAGUUGUGCGGAGCGUGCCGUGGCCGAAUCGGACCGCCUACUCGGAACACUCCCAUACAUCCCAGCGAUACUUAUUCGUGGCCACUCCUGGUAUCUGGCUGCUACCUCCCGCCAAGGCGACAAGACCAUCCUUUGGCGCGAAUACGCCUUUGGCACGACCCAGAGCGUCGUGGGUACGUACAAGAUUAUAUGUGGACUGCAAAAUCUACAUCGAUAUGUCCGUGACACAUUUUGGCCGUGGUAUCUUCGAGUCAUUUUGGAAAUCGAUCCAAAUGACAUGCGAUAGUCAUGCUGGUGUCGAAUGGCACCAUUCUGUGACUGUAGUAAUGGGAGGCAGGGAAAUCACAUCGACAGCUUUUUCGUUCUCUAUUAUGGUAGCAAAUCCCCUACAAAAUCCCCGAAUGGCUUGCGGAUUAUAAUUGUGGUAUAUAUAAACCAAUUAUAUCUAGUUGAGUCGCUCCAACAUGUGCCGUCGUUCAUCAUUUGGCGGCCUUCUGAAAAACCCUGCCAAUCAACUCGUUCAUUCUCUUCCAGAUCCGAAUCCCCUUCUUCCUCGUAAUCUCUUCCGUCAACCUCAACCAGCCCUCCAAUUAUCCCAACCAAAUAAAAAGGCACAUAGUUUACUAGAUGGAAUUUGUGUAUUUCAAUAAUCACCUGAUAUUUCGACCUCCGAUCUCACGUCCAUUCA